GUUUACCUGGUGUUCUUUGAGAGUGACUGACAAUGGCGCCUGAAAAAGAAAAUUCACGAAAUUCCGUGCCGUCCCAUUGAAAGCAAGUUUACUCAUGGAGUAAAGAAAGGAGCAAGUCGGGAGUCAUGAGCACAGGUGUGAAGAAGCCGCCAGUGGCUCCCAAACCCAAACUCGCCCCCUCGGUGAAGCUCUCGCCUCCUCCCAUCGCUCCCAAACCUGAUCUUCUCCUCUCCCAGCCUUCCCAACCCUCCCCCCUUCUUACCCAACCCUCCCCUGCCGCGCUAAAGAGAGCCAAACCUGCUGUGGCGCCCAAACCAUGCCUCUCCAAACCCUCUGCCCCUCCAGCCCCGGCUUCUCCCCCACCCCUCAGACCCAGAGUACCCCAAACCCCAUCCCAGGAGUGCAGCGGGGCUGGGGACGACAGCCUCUCCUUCCUCAACUCCAGAAACGGGAUCCUGUCGCAGCCCAUCCUGCGCGACUCGGACUACAUCAUUCCUACGUGCUCCUGUGGACUCCAGGACUGCUCCCAAUGCAAACGACUAGGGAAUGGGAACGUUACAGUGGUCGGGAGCGAUACGCUCGGCUCCUGGCCAAACGGGAAUGCCACGGAAAGCACUGGAACGCUGGUAGUCAAUCGGCCGGGUAAAACAGAGAACGGAGACAGUGAGGAGAGCGGAGGAGUGACCAACACCCUCCAUCUCAGGCUCAAGGACAAACCUCAGAGACAGGAGGGGCAGAGGGAUGGAGAGGGGAGCAGGGAUGAGGAGAAGCUGCAGGGGAACAAAGAGGAGAGACAGAGGAACCAGAAAGGACAGGAGGGUCAGCAGUAUCAGACUGGUUCAGGGGACCAGUCAUGUAAUGUUCUUGAGGUGGCAGAGACACUUACACAGACUGAGACUAAAGCUUCUAAUGCAGAACAUACAUACACUGACAGCUGUAAUAUAGACUGCAAUGAGACCGACACCAUUCCCACUCCCCUCAUCCUCCCACUGGAAGUCUCCCCUAUCCGCACCCCCCCACAGACAGUCCCUCCCACCCGCACCCCCUCUCAGACAGUCCCUCCCACCCGCACCCCCUCUCAGAUAGUUCCACCCACCCGCACCCCCCCACACAUUUUACCCCCCCACCCUCGCCCCCUCCCAGGUGGACAGACGGCCUGGAGGCCAGCACCCAUGAGGGGAGACAAAGAACCGCACACAGGGGGAGAGGUGGGGGAGUCUGAGGGGAGUGGGGGGAGAUGUGUCACCUCAGAGAAGGAAGAACACACCCAGGGAGUGUAUGACAGUCCCUCUCCCUCCCAGGGCCCUGAAGUUGAAGAGGAGCCUCACCCUGUGCCUCCACCUAGACAGAAGUCCCUCUCCCCCCGCCUCCACAGAGCCAUCCACUGUCCCCCCUCCCUCAACCGAAACACCUCCCACUCUCUAGACUUGCUCUCUCAGCCUGAGCUUAACGCACUGACCUCAGAGAGAAGAGGAGGAGGAGGGGAGGAAGAGGAGGAGAAGGAAGAAGAAGUUGAGGAAGGGUACGGAGACUUUGAGCGCUACCCCAUCACCCGGAGCCUGCCCAAACAGAUCAAGCUCAGCUGCCGCCCGCCCCCCGUCGGUAUGACAAUGAAGGCCAGCUCAGCGGAAGAGGGAGGGUCACCCAGGGCCCCGCCCAGGAAGCCCCAGAGACACAGCCUGCCAGCGGGUGCCCCCCCGUCCAUCACACCCCCUCCACCCCCUCCGCACCACACCAACACCCCCAUGAGGGAGCUGCCUGCCACCCCACAGGAGAAACCAGCCUGGCGCUUCCCAAGGCCCUUCUUCAGCAGGCAGAGCUCCUCCAGACACAGCAGCGGCAGCAGCAGCCGAGGGCCCCCCCAGAGGAAAGCAGCUCUGCUGGGAGGGAAACAGAGGGCCCAGUCCUUCUCCUCGGCUGACCUGCUGGCCCGCGCCGACGGCACCAAGAGGAGCCUUUCUUUCCGGAAGCUUCUGGAGCUGCGGUUGUCUGUCAGGAUGUUGCCACGGUUACUGACCAGAAGCGGCGAGUCUCUGGAUUGUACCAGCGUGGAGCCGGGCGGACGGACGGGGAUGGUGGACCAGUCCAAUGGCAGCGCGGGGGUGUCUGGCGGGGAUGGAGAGGGGUCGGUGGAGUAUGAGAAUGUUCCUCUGUAUGAGGAGAUACCGGAGUACAUGAACCUGCCUUUCCUCAGCGCACGGCUGGGCUGGCCACUCACACACAGUCUGGACCCAAGCACACACAGACACAGUGACUCAGACGUCUAUGAGGUGCAGGAUCCAUACGAGAGCCACUGCGACUAUAAGCGACCCCAUUCCAUUGACUAUGAGAGGGGCUGGCAUGGAUUGGAUGAUGCUCACUCUGAGGAGGAAGUCCACAGCUCUGACGAGGAUGACAACAGCUCCACCUCAAGCAAGGAGCACCUGGAGCUGUCAGAAGAAGACAGACAGCAGGAGGAUGAGGUGAAGAGGAAAAAGCUGGUGCAUAUCGCCCAGGAGAUCAUGAGCUCUGAGAAAGUGUUUGUGGACGUCCUGAAGCUUCUUCACAUAGAUUUCCGGGACGCAGUUGCCAAGGCGACACGACAGAACGGCAAGCCGGUGGUUGAAGAGCGUAUUCUAACCCAGAUCCUCUACUACCUGCCUCAACUAUACCAGCUCAACCGAGACCUGCUCCGGGAGCUAGAGGAGAGAGUGGCCCACUGGGGGGACCACCAGAGGCUGGCAGACAUCUUUGUUCAGAAGGGGCCGUACCUGAAGAUGUACUCCACCUACAUCCGGCAGUUUGACAACAACGUGGCUAUGCUGGACGAACAGUGUAAGAAAAACCCUGGCUUCGCAACUGUGGUCCGGGAGUUUGAGAUGAGUCCUCGAUGUGCCAGCCUGGCUCUGAAGCACUACCUGCUGAAACCUGUACAGAGAAUCCCCCAGUAUCAGCUUCUGCUCACAGAUUAUCUGAAGAACCUUCCUGAGGACUCGUCUGACUACAAAGACACGCAGGCUGCUCUGGGCAUAGUGAAGGAGGUGGCCAACCAUGCCAACGACAUCAUGAAACAAGGGGAUAACUUUCAGAAGCUGAUGCACAUUCAGUACAGUCUGAACGGACAGCAUGAGAUUGUUCAGCCGGGCAGGGUGUUUCUUAAGGAGGGCACUCUGAUGAAGCUGUCCAGGAAGGUCAUGCAGCCACGGAUGUUCUUCCUGUUCAAUGACACUCUUCUGUACACCACUCCAGUUCAGUCUGGUCAGUAUAAACUCAACAGCAUGCUCUCUCUGGCGGGAAUGAAGGUGAGUAAGCCCAGUCAGGAGGCGUAUCAGAAUGAACUGAACAUUGAGAGUGUGGAGCGUUCCUUCAUCCUGUCUGCCAGCUCGGCCACAGAGAGAGAUGAGUGGCUGGCGGCCAUCGCCACGGCGAUAGACGACCACACCAGGAAGAAGAUCACCUUCAUCUCCAGCCGGAGUCAGGAGGAGGCUGAUGGUGUGUGUGACAGUGGGGCCCCGCUGGGUUCUAAGGCCCCUAUCUGGAUCCCAGACCUGAGGGCCACCAUGUGUAUGGUCUGUACCUGUGAGUUCACCCUCACCUGGAGACGCCACCACUGCCGAGCCUGCGGGAAGGUUGUGUGUCAGACGUGCUCGUCCAAUAAGUUCUAUCUAGAGUACUUGAAGAACCAGCCGGCUCGUGUGUGUGACCACUGCUUCGUCAAGCUACAGGAGAACAGUGACCGUGUUGCUUCUGGGGCGCUGUCUCCUACUGCCAGAUCUGGGGGAUUCUCUUUCUCCAGGAAACAGAAGAAGAUCCCAGCUGCUCUCAAAGAGGUGUCUGCAAACACAGAGAACUCCUCCAUGAGUGGCUACCUACAGAGGUCGAAGGGCAACAAGAAGCAAUGGAAGAGGCUAUGGUUCGUCAUCAAGAACAAAGUCCUGUACACCUACGCCGCCAGCGAGGACGUAGCUGCUCUAGAGAGCCAGCCUCUGCUAGGCUUCUUCCUGCGGGAGGAGAAGUGUGGCCCUUUCCAGAAGCUGCAGUUUAAACUGUACCACAAAAACACCCUGUUCUAUAUCUUCAAGGCUGACGACAUCCCCACUGCACAGAGGUGGAUAGAGGCUUUCCAGGAGGCCAUGAUUCUUUAACACCUAAACCAGUCAGCUCAUGUUCUUCCCCUGGAGCCAGUGGACACGGACACCUUUUGAUCCUUGACCUCUAGACACAUGUCAGGGGUCAGCAGCUCAGGAAGCACUCCCCACACCCCGAGCCCUGAUGAACCGGUCCGGCUGCCUACCAGGAGACCCCAGAGUCCCAGUGGUGUAAAGAACAGACAUCAAUGUCUUUCUAGUGAAAAUAUGGACUUUGUGUCAGCUCUACAUUACAUUCAUUGUAAAUGUUGGGAUCCGUUGAAAGUUUGACCUUGGUAAAACUACUAUGCUUCCAGUGGAGCUCUGAGGUUAUGGGCAUGUUGAGCCUCACAGGCUGCAUAUCUAUCUGCUCUUGAUCUUAGAUGGAAAUGUUAUGUGUCACAGCUGUGGGUCAAAGGUCAUGUCCUGAAGCGUGUGUGUGUGUGGAAGUGUUAACAGAAUUAUUGUCUGCGGACAGCCUGCUAUCUUAUACAGGGGUUCCCACUGUCCACAAAAGCCUUGAAAGUCAUUGAAAAGGAUUUGAUUUAAAUUGCUUUUGAUUUACAUUAUCCUUGAAAAGUUAAAGGAUUUUGUUAAUUUUUUGGGGGGUGUAACGUAUUGUAAGAAAAGUUUAAACUCAAAUAUUGAUGAAUUAUGGAAAUUGGUGAUUAGAGUGGGAACCUUACAUGAUGGGAUGGAUACCAGAUACAAAGAAGGGUGAGAAAGCAGUGGGUUCUCUCUGAGUAGGGAAGCUUCUCUGGUGCACUGCAGGUGGUUGGAUUCAACUGUGAAAAAACAGGGUGCCACAGAGACACAGGAGAUGAGCAUUUUGCUCCUUAGAAAUAUAGCAAAAUUACAGGGGUCGGUUUAUAUUGCUAUUCUCUGUUAGGCUUAACUCAGUACAUCUACCACAUGUAUAAUGCAGUAUACUGGGUAAAACUGGAAAUGGCAUAAUGUCAAUAUUUUACUACACAGCCUAUAGAACAAAUGCAUUUUUAAGAGUACAUGUUAGAAUCAGAAGCGGUGCUUGGGCAAUAUGUAGAAUUGGGAGAGUAAAAUAUACCUUUUUUUUUCUAAAAGUCAAGAGAUAAUAUUUAUAUAGAACUGUACAUUUCUCACUGUCCAUAAUUAUGUGAUUUUAGAAAUACGAUUUAUUUGAUAACAGAUACUAUCUUUGUCACUUUUGUAAUAAGUAGUAGCUACCUUUUGUAUUGUAUGCCAUGAUGGUUGUAAAAGCACGUGUUGUAACAAUGUCUCACUAGUUUGUUUUAAACUGCCACAACAGACUUGUUGGAUUCAUUAGGAGGAAUCUUUUAAUCCAGGCCUCAUUUGUAUCAUUUUUUUAUUGAAUAAUUUAAAGUGAACAGAUUACAAAAGAAUGCUUGUCUUUUGAGCUAGAAAUGGAAUGGAGAAUGAAAUGUAUCCCUUAGGAAAUGCUCACUAGCAAUAAAGCAACAUCCAGACAGUGCCUUAAAUAUGCACAAUUAUCUUGUAAUAAUAUAGAUACAGAGAACGUUAUUUCAUUAUGUGGUGCAUUGUUUCAUUAAUUAUCCAUUUGAAUUAGGAUAUUCUAUUAUCACAGUGACUACUUUGGCUGGCCCAUCUGACAUUUAACAGUGUAUAUAUCCAUUAUGUAUUUAAAUUGAAAAUGGUUUCGAGUUUACAUUUAGUACCUCAAAUGUACUAAUCAGGUUGCACUACUACACCAUUGUGGCAGUUGGCCUUAUGGGAAAUGAAGUUUAUAACACAGAGAAGCAUUAGGGAUAACUCAAAACAGAUCAUAUUUUAUAGAGACUAAAUGUCCCUCCACCCUUAUACACAAUCACUAGAGAGCCAUCGUGUCUCAUCUGUAAAUAAUAUUUCUGCAGAACUGUCAGGCACCACUUUUUAAUAAAACCUCUGAAAGUGA